AUUUUUUCGUUAUCUUCCCGCACGAAACCGAUGAGUCUUCGUCGAAGUAGCCUAUUGUAAGGAUUCGAGACGAAGUCUCCUCUCAAUUCCCCUCAUAAAACCCUAAAAGAAUCGAAUCCUCAUGCUUUUGAUUGCAUCGUUUUGGGAGCAAGAUGUAUAAGAAAUCGAAGAAUAUCGCCGCUGAUAUGCUCCCCAAGAGCUUCAAGGGCGCGAAAUGCAAGACGUCGCUGAAGCUGGCGAUGUCGAGGAUAAAGCUUAUGAGGAAUAAGAAGGAGAUCCAAGUGAAGCAGAUGCGGCGGGAUCUGGCGCAGCUCUUGGAGGCUGGACAGGAACAAACUGCGCGGAUCCGGGUUGAACAUGUGAUCAGAGAAGAGAAGACCUUGUCAGCAUAUGAACUCAUUGACAUUUACUGUGAACUGAUUGUGGCACGGUUACCAAUUAUUGAGUCUCAGAAGAUGUGCCCCAUUGAUUUGAGGGAAGCAAUUGCUGGUGUGGUAUUUGCAUCCCCAAGAUGUGCAGACAUACCAGAACUCAUGGAUGUGAGAAAGCAGUUUUUAGCAAAAUAUGGGAAGGAAUUCAUUACUUCAGCACUUGAAGUUAGGCCAGAUUGUGGAGUUAGCCGCUUGCUAGUGGAGAAACUGUCAGCCAGAGCACCUGAUGGGCAGACAAAAGUUAAGGUCAUGACUUCUAUAGCAGAGGAACACAAUAUCAAAUGGGAUCCCAAACCAUUUGAAGAUCAGCUUCAGAAGCCUAAUGAAGACUUACUGGCUGGCCCCAGCACUUUUGCAAGUGUUAACCAGAUGCCUGUGAAAUCAUCAAACUUUUCAGACCCACCCAGCAGCAUGAAUGAGCCAAGCACAAGAAUGUCCCAAAAUGAAAUUCCUAGCAAACCCACUGGGUUUAAUGCCUCCUCCGCACCAAAUAUUAAUACUCCAAGCACCUCAGUACCUUCCGUUUCGCAUUCUAAACCAGAUAACAUGGAUGGAAGAUCUGCUCGGCAAGAAGUUAAUUCUGCAAACCAGAUGGAGAAUGGUUCUUUAAACCGGCAAAGCUGGAACAUGGAAUUUAAGGAUGCAACAUCAGCUGCUCAGGCAGCUGCUGAGUCAGCAGAAAGAGCCAGUAUGGCUGCUAGAGCUGCCGCUGAACUUGCUAGACGUGGAAGUGCUCCGUAUGACAUUAAUGAUGGCUUGGAUAGAUCAGAGUUUGCAAAGGCAAAAGAUGAAUAUGCCACCAAGGAGUCUGUACCUAUGCCAUAUAAUGAUGUGAAACCCUCACAAGGAAUGCAUAUGAGAAAGGAGAGCAGAAAGAUAGAUGAAGUGUCGCAAGCUGGCUCAAGGAGAGAAGCCAAGGAAACAUAUGAUGGUUACAGUGGCAUGCCCAGAUCAUCUGGUCAGUCUCUGUAUCACUCCAGUGAAAUUUCUGGAAGGAAUGAUCAUUUGGAGAUCAAUCAGAAGGUUGAUGAGGGGCACCUUCUCGUAUUCAGAGUAGCAUCUCAAAUUCAGAGCCUUUUGUGCAGAACUAUAAGGAUGAUCAAGACGAGUACGAUGACUAUGCAGAAGAGAUUAGAAAUGAAAAUUAUAGUAAAUCUGCUAGUACAAGUUCAUUCGGUGAUGACACUAGAUGGAACACAAACACAAGAAGAAAAGCAGGUCAGAUAUUUGCCAACUAAAGAUCAAUUUAGUCCCAAGCAACAUGAGAGUAGUUUUACAGACAAAGAUAAAAGUCCGCAAUGGGUGUUUGAAGCAACAACAAAAAGUCACCAUAAGGAUUUUGAAGAAACUAAUAAAAAAGGGGACCAAUCCCCACAUUUUGACGAUAAUUCAGCAGCAUUUGAUGAUUAUGAUGACCACAAUUAUGAAGGGGAGGAUGUGUUUGACAAAAUUAUGCAUGAAGAAGUGAUGGAGCCUAGUAGAGUGCCAUUUGAUCAGAAGAAUUCCUCAGAAAGCUCGCUAUCAGCAAGAUCUAGUCAAGAACCUGAUAAAUCAUAUUCUUUCCUGAACAAGGAAGUCGAAGAGGCUAAUGAAAAUCACCUUUCAUCUGUUCAUUCUGAUGGCUCAGAAAAAAUCGAAGCGGAACUGGGUUAUCCUGAUACAAAAUGGAAAGGGCCUAGCUCCAAUAGGUUAUCUAGUAACAAGUCAAUUCACAAUGAAAAUGCUUCUCGGAACUCUAUUAACUCAGAGGAUGAGCCGUUUUACAAUCCAAGGGAAGAAAAACCACAAACCAGAGGUCCGUCAAGAGUCCCUUCACUAGAAGCAAAAUCAAACAAUGCAGUUAGAAUGACAAGUGAUGCAGGUAUUUCAAAUUAUUCUAGUUAUGAUAGUGUGGAAGGGCUGAAAUGGGGGGGUAGGCUAACCGGUGGUUUUAAACACAAAGGUUUCCCUCAGCCACCUUAUCAGAAAGACCCACUGCCUAAUGUUUCAGCAUCAUCAAAACCAAGUGCAAUCGAUCGACCUUCUGAUGAGAUUGAAUCCUCGUAUGGGGAAGAAUAUGACCAAGAACCACAUUCACAGGCAUACCAGCCUAAAUCAAGAGCUUCAAGUGUUCUUUCGAAUUUUAGCAAGGAUAAAAGCUCAGAAUCAAAUUAUACUGCUGAAAGAAGAGACCGCACAGAUGAGGAUCCAUCCCUGGGAAAUUCUUCAGGCAACAUUGAGAAUCGCAAUUUUUCCAAUCAGAAAAGAGAAUCAGCAAAAUUGGAUUACUCAGCUUAUAAAUCAUAUGGCCCAAGAACACCAAGACAAGAUCUGAAGGAAUACAGCUCAGAAUCAUACUCUAUUCCAGAUUUCCCAUCAACCCGGUCCAAAGAUAACUUGGAUGUUACCAGGAACGAGGGUGCAAAGACAAACAUGCAAUCGAGAUUGAAAAUGCCAUUUGGUUACUUCGAUGAAGAUGCUGAUGAGGCAGACACAUCAGAGCCAUAUCAUGCUUUCAGUAGUGAAGGAAAGAGAGGUGUAAAGCUUUCUCGGAGGACCAGGGCUCUACCGGCAGAGAGUAAAAGGGCCAAUAAUUCAAGGUUCACUACUCGGUCCAAUGAUCCCGGCGAAGCGGAAAAAAGACCUCAAUCAAAUUCUGCUUCCGAAUCUCUAAACUUGGAGAGAAGAGAAAGUUCUGAGUCUUCUCAAACAAAACUCUCACCUGAGCAACCUCAAGUUACUCCUCAAGCAGAACCUCCUAAAAACAAGGAAAUCUCCAAGUCUUCUAAACUUGCUUCAGUAGAUUCUGGAGCUCCAGUGAAUACUGGGCUUGCAAAAACAUCUAGUUCGACUGAAGGCUUAUCAUCGCGGGAGGAUUCACUCAAGAAAUCUUCUCAUGUUCACCCAAAACUCCCUGACUAUGAGUCCCUUGCUGCUCAUUUUCAUUCACUUCGAGCAAAUGUACGUCCACAGUAAGUAUUAUACUUGGGAUUUCUUAUUGCACUUCAUAUGUUGGCAAUAAUGAACGUCAGGUCGUGUGAAUUGAAUCUUUGAUUUAUUUGUAUAGUGUCAGAAAGAUUUUGAGUCAUAGAACAGUAUAUUAUAUUGUUAUCGUCAUAGUUUUGAUUGAAAGUACGUUCGUUUACGGAGGAGGGUUGCCUUGUCUCAGUAAUAAAAAGUUUUCCUUGUAAUCAAUGAACAUCUGCUGGGGAUGAUCAGCAAGAUGAUUUCUGGUUAAUGAUCCAUGUAUCCUCUUAUGUAUUUAACCGGCUCACUUUGAAUGGCAGUUUAUGCUGGAUGAUGA